GACGCGAUAAUUGAACUCUACCAAGUACUCCAUCUUCUCUGUUCUGCAUUUCUGCCCCCCAGAAAAUCUCGAGGAGGGACGAAGGAGAAGAUCAUUGAAGCGAAGAUUAAUGGCGGGAAUUCGAAGGCUUGAGAAGCAAUGAGAAGAUAAGCGUCGCAAAAGUGAAGAACUCAAGAGCAAAACUGCUUCCGCUCAAGGCCAAACUGGUCUUCUUCAAUUCGGUUCCGGCACUUCCGAGAUUUUAGAGACCGCAUUCAAGAAAGAAACUGUUGGUGUUGGCAAGGACCCUACUGUUCAAAUUCAAUCAACAAUGGCUAAACCAGUCGAAGAAAAACCAGGCAUAGAAGCCAUUAACAAGCUUAAAUCGACAGACCCACCAUUAUUUCUCUCUCCAAGUCCCGACCUUUCUUGCUUUUCCCGCUUAGCCUCCCAACAUAUCUUUGCUUCGCUCAAACCAUUCUCUCCCAAAUCGCCUUUUGACCAGCUUCAUUUACAUGGGUUUGACGCUGAGCAAAUUUGGCAGCAAAUUGACCUCCAAUGUCAGCCUUUAAUUACCUCUCUUAAACGAGAAAUCAAGCGAUAUGAGAAAAAUCCAGAUAAAAUCUUGGAUCAGUUUGGGGUAUCUGGGGCCAAUGGGGUGUUGGAGAGAAGAAUUAAGGAAAACGGAGAUGUGGGUUUGGAAGAUAGUGAGGAAUUGAGUGAUGAAGAUGAGGAUGAGGAGGGAGAAGAUAGGGAGUCUGAGUCUGAGGAAGAAGAGGAUGAUGAUGAUAAUGAUGAAAGUGGGGAGGAAGAAGAGGAGUUGGAGGAUGAUGGUGAUGGAGUGCCAGAGGUUGAAGAUGAUUUUUUGAAGAUUAAGGAUUUGGAGAAGUAUCUAGUGAGAGAGGAGGAGAAAGAAUAUGGGUCGGAAGAGAAGAAGAGUAAAAAGAACAAGAAGAAGAAAGGACGUAAAAAUGUUGAUGGUGAUGAAGAGGAUAAAAACGAGGAGAGUGAGGAAGAAGAAGAUGAUGAUGAGCUUCUCAUGUAUGGUGGAGAUGGCGAAGACGGGUCUGACGGUUCAAUCAGAUAUGAAGAUUUCUAUGUUUCUAAGAAGAAAACGCCAGUAACAAAACGGAAACGAGUUGACAAGUCAGAUGACUCUGAUAUGGAGGAUGAAAAUGUUGAUGAUUCUGAUGACGCAGAGAUGGAGGAUGAAGAUGAUGAUGAUGCUGAUGAUUCAAAGAUGGAAAAUGAUAAUGACGAGCAGAAUGGAAAUCUGUCUACUUAUGAGAAGGCGCGUGAAAAGAUCCAAGCCAAAAUAAAGCAGAUGGAAGCUGAAAACUUGGCUCCAAAAGAUUGGACCAUGCAGGGAGAGAUAUCUGCAUCCAAGAGGCCAGUAGAUAGUGCAUUGGAAGUGGACCUGGAUUUUGAGCACAACAUGAGGCCGCCUCCUGUUAUAACAGAAGAGGUGACAGCAUCUCUUGAAGAAAUUAUAAAGAAAAGAAUACUUGAGGGACAAUUUGAUGAUGUUCAACGGGCUCCUAAAUUGGUAUCUGCAGCACCUAAGGAAACUAAAGAGCUGGAUGAUCAUAAGAGCAAGAAAGGCCUUGGUGAAAUUUAUGAGGAAGAAUAUGCUCAGCAGGCUGGGUUUGUGUCGGCGCCCUUGUCAAUGAAUGAUGAAUUGAAAAAAGAGGCAAGCGAUUUGUUCAAAAGAUUGUGCCUGAAGCUGGAUGCACUUUCCCACUUCCAUUUUGCUCCCAAGCCGGUUGUGGAGGACAUGUCUAUUCAGACCAAUGUUCCUGCUUUAACCAUGGAAGAGGUUGCCCCGGUAGCCGUAUCGGAUGCAGCUAUGCUUGCUCCUGAGGAAGUGUUUUCUGGUAAGAAAAAUAUCAAAGAGGAUAAUGAGUUAACAAAGGAGGACAGAAAGAAGAGGAGAGCCAAAAAGAAGAGAAAAUUCAAAGCUGUAAGUGCAAAAAAAGCAGCAAGCACAACGCCCAAGAAACCAUCUCAAACUCUGAAUGAAGGCAAGGAGCAGUAAUAGUGUUCCUUAAAAUUUUAAAACAGUCCAUUAAGAUUUGAAAUACAAGCUGUCAUAGAAGAAGAUGACAGUCAUUGGAGGUGGCAUUUGAUCGUCAACUAGGUGAAGCCACACGAAUUGAGGCAGGUGUACAAAGAGUAUAAACCAAUAAAGGAAUGUGGUUGGUUUUGUUAGGAGCUCCAUGCACAAUUUUGGGAAGGUUUUUAUCUGCAGUUGUUCAAUCUACCUGCAUAUUCUGAGUUGUGCACCCAAAUUUCCCAGCAUGGUUACAGGUAAGAAAACAUUCAAAUGAACGAUGGAACUGUUUGUGAGAACUAGUUCAGCUGACUAGUAAACAAGCUCGAUUUCUUUUUAAAACUCUCAGUUCUGAAAGGUUAUAAUAUAUGAGAAUAUAUAUGACUUCUUCAGUUUAAGUUUGUGGGAAGAAAUGGAAUAUCAACGUACUAUUAUGAUUGUUAUUUUUAUCCUAAUAUAUUACUGCCAUAUAUUAAUACGAAGUAUGUCUGUAUGCUCAA